AUGAUAAUAGAAUGCGGGCAGAGUCGCCGUGUGAGGCCUCCAAGGACACGCAUCCCACCCAGCUUUCUUGACGAGCAACGCCCGCCACAGACAUUUCGUACACUCAUAGAGUGGAAUUAUUCAGAACUAGCAAGUCUUGGCCAGGGAUCAGCAAAAAAAAAAUCAGUGAAACAAUCACGUCCCUUCGUCCCGAAAAGUCCAUCCGACGAUCCUUCUCUCAUUGACCAGCUAGAAUCCGUGCUCAGACCUCCGUGCUUUUUUGAAGAGAAUGCCGCCUGCCUGUUCAUGGAUGACCAUCAUCUAGGUGGCGAGGAAGUCAAGAACGGCUUGAAGGGAAGCAAUAGCGUCCUGGAGCUGCAGGACUUCAUUGGCGUUGCCAGCGGGCGCGGUCAGCUGAACAUGAAGAGCAUCGAUGGCCGCGUUCAACUGGGUGAUCAGGCCGUCUUGUCGGACUGA